AUGUGCAAGAUGUUGGCACAAUGGACUGUUCUGCUAUUGGUACUUUGUUUUAAAUCGAUUCAAGCGAUUAGUAAAGAUGAUUUACUUGUCGUUUCGGUCGCGACUGAUGAAACAGAUGGUUAUCGACGUUUCAUUCGUUCAUUAAAUAUCUAUGGCUAUAAAUACGAAAUUUAUGGUUUGGGCCAAACAUGGAAAGGUGGAGAUAUGAAAAACUCGGCAGGUGGCGGUCAGAAGAUCAACAUUCUUCGAGAAAAUUUAGCCCGUUACAAAAACGACAGAACUAAACUCAUUCUUUUUACGGAUUCAUAUGAUGUUAUAUUCACUCAACCACCGGAAUUUCUAUUGAACAAAUUUAAAAAAUUCGACUCCGCUCGGAUUGUUUUCGGUGCUGAAGAUUACUGUUGGCCGGAUAAAAGUUUACAAUAUGAUUAUCCGUUGGUUGAAAGCAACGAGAAACGAUUUUUGAAUUCCGGUGGUUUUAUCGGUUAUGCAUGGGAUAUUUACGAGAUGAUCACUAGUAAAGAAAAAAUUGAGGACACAGAGGACGAUCAACUGUUUUAUACGAAGAUCUUUCUUGAUGAAUAUACGCGAACCAAAUGGGGGAUUGUUUUGGACAAACGUGCGGAAAUUUUCAUGAAUUUGAAUGGAGCAACAGAUGAAGUUGAAUUACCGAUUCUUAAUGAUGAAGUUUAUGUACGAAAUUCAUGGACAGAUUCAGUUCCGAGUGUUAUUCAUGGAAAUGGGCCAGCAAAAAAAAGUUUAAAUUAUUUGAGUAAUUACAUUGCUCGCGCAUGGUCACCAACGGUUGGUUCUUUAGAAUCGAAAGAGAAUGUGAUUGAUCUGACAAAGAUCGAAGAGAAACAAUGGCCGAUGGUUUAUGUCGCGAUAUUUAUCGAGUAUCCCACUCCAUUUCUUCGAGAGUUUUAUGAUAAAAUAUUCAAUUUAACCUAUCCAAAAAGUCGCCUGGCGGUUUUGAUCCACAAUCAAGUUGAAUAUCAUAAGAAUCUUACUGAAAAAUACAUGUCAAAAUUCAAAGAGAAUGGUUAUAAAUUUGUCAAAUAUUUCAAUCACGAUGAUGACAUAACUGAAGGUGAAGCUCGGCAACAAGCCAUCACGGAAUGUCAAGAAGAUCAAUGUGAUUAUUUGUUUGUUGUUGAUUCGAUCUCUCAGUUGGAUAAUCCGGAUACUUUAACCAAAUUAGUCUCAUUCAAUCGAACAAUCAUUUCCCCGAUGUUACUGAGACCAGGUAAAACGUGGAGUAACUUCUGGGGAGAUUACUCCGAUGAAGGAUUCUACAAACGCUCACCUGACUAUGUGGAUAUUAUAAAUUACAAUAAAACGGGAUCGUUCAAUGUUCCACAUAUUGCUCAUUGUUAUUUGAUUAAUGGAACGUUUUUCAAACGCUUUACACCGAAAUAUAUCGAUGCAAGCAUCGAUCCCGACGUCAAAUUUUGUCAAUCAAUACGAGAUGCUGGCUAUUUCAUGUAUUUGAAUAAUGAACAUAAAUAUGGACAUCAAACUGAUCCGGAUAACUUCAAUACUUCCUUGAUUGUACCUGAACUUUACGAGAUAUUCAAUAAUCUGCAUGAUUGGAAAGCUCGUUAUAUCCAUCCCGAUUAUUACAAAGCACUUGAUCUAAAUACAACACUUCAACAGCCAUGUCCUGAUGUCUUCUGGUUUCCAGUGGCCACCGAUGAAUUUACUUACGAUUUAGUCAAAGUUAUGGAAGUAUUUAACGGAUGGUCGGGCUCAGCUCAUAAUGAUGCACGUUUAUCAGGUGGCUACGAAAAUGUACCAACAGAUGACAUUCACAUGACGCAAGUUGGUUUCAAUGACCAUUGGUUAUUCUUUCUGAAAGAAUUUAUUCAACCAAUACAACAGAAAGUCUACAUUGGUUAUUACAAUGAUCCACCAAAAGCGGCAUUGAAUUUCGUCGUUCGGUAUAUGCCCGAAUAUCAAUAUAAAUUACGACCACAUCAUGAUGCAUCGACAUACACGAUUAAUUUAGCAUUAAAUGAUGUGGGAAAAGAUUAUGAAGGUGGUGGUUGUCGAUUCCUUCGUUACAAUUGUUCCAUCGCAUCCACUGUUCGUGGCUGGGCAUUAAUGCAUCCUGGACGGUUAACUCAUUUACACGAAGGUUUACCUGUUCUGAAAGGCAAACGAUUUAUCAUGGUCUCAUUCGUUGAUCCUUAA